AAAUCAAAGAAAAGUCGCUGGAUGAGAAGGUGUGUUUGAACGUUUGACUCCUGUACUUUCAUAAGCUGAACUUUGUGUUAAGGCUUCCGUUUUGAAGCAAUGCGUUGCAUGUAACAUGCCCAUGUUUUGUCACAUCCUUCGUUUGCACCAAGCACCUAAAAAUUAUGGCCACGUGUGAGACACCCACACUUUCUACUUGUUUAGUGUCCAAAAGGGUAACAAUGCUUUUCAAAUUACACAAAUGGACCUGUUAACUAAUAAAAUGGUUUUAAAGGUUCCACAGGAUGUAGAAAUGGCCAAGCAGGAUUGAUUAGAGACCAUCUGCCAUACUGUUCUCAUCUAUGUACAUAAAAUAGGCUUAUUGGACAGUUUCUGUCUGAAGUUGUCAAAAACCCAGUUCCCAUGUGAUGUGUGGUUGUGUCAUUUUAGUUACGCAUGGCCCUAAACCCUGUGUUCAAAACAUGUUUACUUUCUUUUCCAUUUAUGAUCAAAUUGCAGGACUUGUGACACUGAAAUUUGAAACACAAGAAGUGUCUCAGGAAGUGUGAUGCUAGUCACUUGUGUCAACACAGGUGCAUGUCAUGAGCUGGGAACUUCCUCUCAAAAGCAGUAGUCAACCAGAACUGUAGUCACACCAUGUGGCGUACGUAGGGUAUUUCAAUUUGACUGUAGCUUGAUAGAGGUCCACAUGGAGGUUUCAGCCUGUUGUGGGUUUAAUUAUUUAAAAUACACUAUUGAUUUGGAUUUUCCAAAAAGCAUAAGAAUUCUGCAUUUUUCUUCUGGAUAAAUUUAUUUAUAAAUAAUGGGAAUCAAACAGGAUAUGUUACAAAACCAGGGAACAGGUAGAAACAUCACAGCAGCAGUUUUUUUUUUGUUUGUUUUACCAGUUUUAAUACACACAGCAUCUCUCUGAAUAUCUAUUGAUUAUUUAUACAGUGUUUAUUUUGAAUUUACCAACCUCACGUGAACUAAUGCUUUCUCUUUCAAUUCUGCUCACAGUGUGACAGCACAUCUCAUGACACCAAUGAUUCAGAUAGCCUAAUGUGACUUUGACGGGGAAGCAAUGUGGUUUAGGAAUAACCAGGCAACAGCUAUUAAAAAUAGCAAUCAUGUAUAAACAAACCUUUAGCAUAAGCAGAAAACAAUGAAAACUAAAACUAAUAUACAAAUGUACCAUUAAAAGUAUCGGGCCUACAUUGGUGACCAUAAAUACAACUUCCAACAAAAUGAGAAAGAGAUGAUACAUUUGUUUUCAUAUAUGGGAAACCUUAACUUCCUGCUUGAAUUCUUGAGCAAGUCAGCAGGUAUAUGAGGCAAACAGAAAAAUGAGCCUAUGGUGAUGGGAGGAGUUGUGAUUAGUCCAGUAUUUUGCUCCUUGUCUCCUUGUGACACACUCAGUGCUUGACGGAAAGAAGACAACACCAUGAAUGAUCCAAACACCUCUAAUAUGCUUGACUUUGGUGCUAUUUAUGAUGACCUCAACUUUACUUAUAAUUACUCUGAGUUCUUUAUAAACCCUGACACACAGCCGUGCACAUCCUUUCCCAUCCCAGAUGCAGUGACGGCUGUUGUCAGUGCGUUUUAUAUCCUCAUCUUUGUGUUGGCAAUUCCUGGAAAUCUGGUCGUGGGGCUGGUGAUUGGCUGUAGCAAGCAAGCGCUGCCUCCCUCUGACCUCUACCUCUUCCACCUGGCAGUUGCCGACAUCCUGCUGGCCAUUACUCUCCCAUUCUGGGCUGUCUCUCUUACACAGGGCUGGAUGUUUGGAGAUGCCUUGUGUAAAAUUGUCACCAUCCUCCAAGAGCUGAGCUUCUACUCUAGCAUACUCUUCCUGACUUGCAUCAGUAUGGACCGUUACAUGGUGAUUGUGCGAGCUAUGGAGGCUCGCAGGGCUAACCGGCAGUUUAUUAGCUGGGUAGUUUGUGCUGCUGUCUGGUCUGUUGGAGCCCUUCUGUCUCUGCCAGGACUCUUCAGUUCGGCCUACUCAUCUAUAAACGGUAGUCACAUUGUGUGUUCUGAACUAUAUGAUGCCAGCAGUGCGGAUGAGUGGCGGCUGGCCACCAGAAUUCUUCGCCACACUUUAGGUUUUGUUAUUCCGUUGGCCAUCAUGCUACCCUGUUAUGGAGUAACCAUCAAGCGCCUUCUUCACAUCCGUGGGGGGUUUCAACGGCAACGAGCCAUGAGAGUGAUUGUGUUUGUGGUGGUUGCCUUUCUGCUUUGCUGGACACCAUACCAUCUUGCAGUGAUAGUAGAUACAUUUUUCAGGACAAAGAUAGUGCCCUACCAGUGCCCAGCAAGGAUGGCAGUGGAUCAGGCCAUGUUUGCCACCCAGAGUUUGGGCCUACUCCACAGCUGUGUCAACCCAGUGCUGUAUGCCUUCGUGGGAGAGAAGUUCAGGAAAAAGCUGUUUCAGAUAAUGAGGAAGACAGGUAUCUUAGACAGAACAUCAGUGUCAAGAAGCAGCAGGUCUUCACUGUCAUCAGAAAUAACAUCUACAUUCAUGUGAGACCACCAAAGGGAUACUUUAAGAUUAAAAUGUGUUUAAAUGAUAAUAGUAAUAAAAGAUUCCUACAGUGAAACUACAUUAUUGAAUACAUGGUCAGAAACCACCAUAAAGUGCCUUCGCGGACCACCAGGGGGCCGCCAACCACUGUUUGAAAACCCCUGCUAUAUACUUUUCACAUAAAUUGAAUAAAUCACUGUAGGAUCUCAAGUGUUGGACAACAGAUUACUUGUUUUCAUAGUUAUCAGCAUUUUUAUCACAUCUCAUAUUUGGUGGAUUUUUAAUUUCAUACAUAUGAAAAAAAAGUAUAAAAUUUGCCUUAAAGUUGCCAUGAACAUUUAGUUAGAUUUGUAAAUAUGUAUACUUUGCUCUUAUCAUUUAUUUAACUUGGCUUUGGUUCCAAUCCAGCAAGCACCAGGGAAAUGCUGCUUAAAGUUAAGCUGUAAACAUUUUAUUUUUUAUUUUUUUUGUGGUUAGGCAUUAUAUCCCCUAUCUUACCUCAGUCAUGUCUAGUAUUGAGGAAGCUGUGGGCAGCAUCAUGUUUUAGUUUCAAGUGUGGCUACAUUUCAACACAGCUCCUGAUGCACAUCUUGAGGUGGAGCUGAAAGUUCUAAAAAAACGAGAAUUAUACCUUGAGUUGAGUAAUUUCAGUGUUAUAUGGUGAAAUAUCUGGCUGAUGUCAAGCAAAUGUGAAUUAUCAAGAUGUUUUUCUGUCAUUCAAUUUUCCAACAAUAUCACUAUCCUUUAAAAUAAAAUUUUAUUCCCAGUUAAGAUUGUUCUAUAACUGUAUCAGCCACAUAAAUAUAUAUAGUGUACAGUGUUGGAUAAGGUUUUUAUAGUUAUGUAUUCAUAUUUUUGUAAUACUGUCUGAGUUUUAUGUAUAUUUAUCUGAAAACAGUUGUUAUUCCCAUGCCUAAUAAUCUGAGGUAGCCUGUCUGUAGAGUUGAAAUCAGCAUUAAAUCUUUUU